CCUCGGGCGGGGCAUUGUCGGGUACUGCCUACAUAUGACUGACCCUAAGGUUAGGUAGGUAUGUGUAUGUAAGUAAGGAAGCACCUAUAUAGGUUAUAUCCUCCUGCCUGGGAAUUUCGGUUAUUGGUUGUCUUCUGAAGUUACAGGUCCUUCGCUCUUCCUAGAGAUUUUGUAUAACCACGGAAUAUCCAAGCUUGCGCUGCAAACAUGCCCCUGACAACUGCCUCUGUGUUCCCCCCGCCGUCGGCCCCUGGCGUGAAAUGGCCCGGCUCGAGAAGCGUCGUUCACAGCACGAAAGGUAUCGUCUCCUGCACGCAGCCUCUGGCGGCGAAGUGCGGAAUCGACAUCCUCAAUGCGGGGGGCAACGCGGCUGACGCCGCCGUGGCUGUGGCGGCCGGCAUGAACAUGACCGAGCCGUGCUCCACCGGUAUCGGCGGAGAUAUGUUCUGUUUGUAUUACGACGCCUCGACCGGCAAGGUUUCAGCCAUGAACGGCUCUGGCCGGGCCGGGGGCAAGUGCACCCUUGAGGCGGUCAGGAAGAGUCUCCAGAUUCCGGACGGCUCAGUGGGCAAGAUUCCCAUGACCAGUGUCCAUGCAGUGACGGUCCCCGGCGCGGCUGCCGGCUGGGUUGACACCAUCGAGCGAUUCGGCAGCGGGAAGCUCUCCAUGGAGCAAAUCCUGGCUCCGGCAAUCGAGCUGGGCGAGAAAGGGUUUCCUGUCUCUGAGUUGACAGCCUACUAUUGGGGUCGAACAGAAAGACUGAUGCGCUCGGCAUCUCCCAACUUCGCGGAGAUGCUCAAGGCAGACCCCGCGGGCGAGGGCGGAGUGAGAGCGCCCCGCGCAGGUGAUAUCAUGAAGCUCCCGGCGCUGGCGAACACGUUCCGUACGCUCGCAAAGGAAGGUAAGAAAGGCUUCUACACGGGCAGAAUAGCCGAGGAGCUGGUGAGGGUUGUCCAAGACCUCGGCGGGCAUCUCGAGCUGGACGACCUCAAGAACCACCUGGAGGUCGGCAGCGAGCCCGUCGAGCCCAUCUCCCUGAAGUUCCGGGGCCAGAACGCGGCUGGGGGUCCCGACGGGGCCGACGGCGUCGAGCUGUGGGAGCACCCGCCCAACGGGCAGGGGAUCGUCGCCUUGAUGGCGCUGGGCAUCGUCCAGGAGCUCGAGUCGCAGGGUAAGAUCCCCACCUUUGGGCCGCAGGACCACAACACGGCGCCCUACCUGCACGCCAUCCUUGAGGCGCUGCGCAUCGCCUUCGCCGACGCGAGCUGGUUCGUGACAGACCCCAACGUCGUCAAGGUCCCGACGGCCGAGCUCGUCUCGCAGGCCUACCUCGCCGAGCGGGCCCAGCUCUUCGACCCGGGCCGCGCGUCGGGCGUGCUGCAGCACGGCGACCCGCACCGCCGGUCCCCCGCGCUCGGCAGCAGCGACACGGUCUACUUUGCGUGCUCGGACGCCCAGGGCAACGCCGUGUCCUUCAUCAACUCCAACUAUGGCGGCUUCGGCACCUGCAUCAUCCCCAGGGGGUGCGGCUUCACGCUGCAGAACCGAGCCGCGAACUUCAGCCUGGACGCCGGGCACCCCAACGCGCUGGCGCCCCGCAAGCGGCCCUACCACACCAUCAUCCCGGGCCUGGUGACCAACCUGCCGGACGGGUCGCUGCACUCCGUGUUCGGCGUCAUGGGCGGGUUCAUGCAGCCGCAGGGCCAGGUGCAGGUGCUGCUGGGCCAGCUGGUGGGCGGGCUGAACCCGCAGCAGGCGCUGGACGCGCCGCGCGUGUGCAUCGGCGCGGGGAUGCCCGACGAGGGCGACGUCUUCGACCUGACCGUCUACGUCGAGGACGGCAUGCCCGAGGAGACGGUCGAGGGCCUGCGCAGGCUGGGCCACAGGGUCGGCGUCGUCACCGGUAUGCGCAGGGACCUGUUCGGGCGCGGCCAGAUCAUCCGCUAUGCCGUUGACUCGGUCGACAAGGGGGCCGGGCUGUGGUCGGCUGGUAGCGACUUUAGAGGGGACGGCGCUGCGUAUCCUGCUUAGCAGUCGUGGGAGGGUCUUCAGCGGCUUGUAUUAGGAACGUCAUGAUACUCUCGUAUACACAUUUACAUAUAAUAACAUAAACAUCGAG